UUCUCUGCCACAGGAAAAAUAAAAAAGAAAAAGAAAAGAAAAAGAACGAUCCUCAGGUAGAUAGAAUUUCCUGAAUUUUUAUUGAAAUUAUUGCUGUAAUUUCCGUGAUUGGAUUGGAAAUUUCACUUUCAGAGAUUUUGUUAUUACAAAUUCCCGAAAAUGCGAGGAAUUACAGGUGCCGGUUGAUCUUCCAUAGCAACCCCCUCUUCCUGUUUUUCAAACCUUCUCGAUUGUCUCCGGAUCGCUUUUCGUGAUUUCUACCGGAUUCUGCUCAUGGGUUUUGCUCCUGGAGUCGUCUGGUCUGUUGCGUCUUUUACGGAUUGCGUUUUCGUGGCGUAGAUUGGCAGGGAUCGGCAGAGAGGUUCGUGUGGUUUUCUUGGUUUGGUUCCGUGAUCUGAUUGUGAUUUGAAUUGGAUUUGAUUGGUUUGGUUGUGAAUUUUCAUUUGAAGAGAGGGAUUUUAGAUUGGUUUUGGCUUUCAUGCAUUUGUCUGAUGGAAAGAUCAGAUUUUGAUGGUGUUUGAGGACUAUUGAAGGGAAAUUCCUCCUCUAUUUUUUUUUUUGUAAGAAUUUUAUUUUCUAUCUUUGAAGUGUUUGGGGAUUGGAUUUGACCUGAGUAGGCAGUUCGGAUUGAGUUUGGUGUGAAUUUCUCGGUCUGCAUAAAGUGAUUGGUGAGAAACAGGUUCGGUUUCUUUGCGAAAUUGGAGUUGGGUGUUUUCGGGGAUUUGGAUUUGGAAUUGGUUUUGGGUUCUGUUCUGUUUCGGGGUUUUGGGAUUCGGUUCAUUUGAGUGGGGACUGGGCGUUCUUGGUUUCGAAAUCGAGUUUCAACAUUAGGGUUUUGUGGAGCUGGAUUGAGGUUUUGUAGGUGAUACAAGAAGAGCUAUAGUUUAAUUGUUCCAGAUUCAUUUUCUUUUUGGACUUUGAAUUCGCGGAUCACGAACUGCAGUAUAACUGGCAGUGGGUGUUUGAAUUAGGAUUUUGUUGGAUUUUGAUUUGAAAAGGUCUUUAUCAUAAUUUUGUCCGAUUUUGAUUUCAAAAGGUUUUAAUCGUAGCUGGCGGAUAUCUGGUGAUGAGAAUUAUAGGGUGUGGGAAUUUUUGAUAAUUGGAUUCAGUGUGUGAUUUGUAUUUGAUCGGUGGACGGUUUUGAAAAGUGUGGGAUUAGAGAAUUUGAUUUCAAGAGUGGCCGAUGAGCAUUUCAUGAUGAGUGGGGUUCGGAGGGUCCUUUGUCGAUGGAAACCCCUGACCAGAGGUUCUCUGAGCUUGUCGGCGUGGUGAAAUCCUGGCUUCCUCGGAGGUCCGAACCUGCGAAUCUGUCAAGGGACUUUUGGAUGCCUGAUCAUAGCUGUCUGGUAUGUUAUGAGUGUGAUUCCCAAUUCACAAUCUUCAACCGUAGACACCAUUGCCGUCUCUGCGGGCGCAUCUUCUGUGCAAAGUGCACGGCAAACUCAAUCCCCGCUCCGUCUGAUGACCCGAAGAGUGGCCGGGAAGAGUGGGAGAGGAUCCGCGUAUGUAACUAUUGUUUCAGGCAAUGGGAACAGGGGAUAGUGGGGAUCGAUAAUGGGAUGCAAUUGUCUAGUCCGGAUCUUAGCCCUUCCCCUUCAGCGACAAGUUUGGUCAGUACCAAGUCUAGUGGCACAGCCACAGGUAACAGCAGCAGCACAGUUGGUUCUUCCAUGCCUUACUCGACCGGCUCUUAUCAGCACGUCCAAUACGACAACGGUCUUAGCCUGGGCCAAUCUGCACGAGUGGAAGUGGGUCCUGAUCCCGAUAAGCAAGAAAUGGUGACAUCUGGAAGGAACGUGGAAUUUGUUGCUGACAUUGGUGAUCCGUCUCCUGACCGGUUUGGGAACAGGAGUGAUGAUGACGACGAUGAAUAUUGUGCAUAUCGUUCAGAUUCUGAAACGAGGCAAUUUCAGCCAUCAGAUGACUACUAUGGGCAAGUUGAGUUUGAUGAUAUCGACCAUGCAUACCGAUCACAUAAGGUGCAUCCUGCAGAAGAAAGUGCCGAUGCUAAAGAUUUGAGUUCUCUGAGACAUGAGAGCCUGGGUUCGCAAGUCUUGGCAAGGCCUGAGAAGAUUGGGGAAGAAGCAGAAGGACACAAUAAUUGUGAUGAAUUGGAUGCUUCCUCCUCUAUAUAUGGUGUGGAGAACACAGCCGCUGAGGCAGUGGAUUUUGAAAACAACGGGCUACUUUGGCUCCCUCCCGAGCCGGAAGAUGAAGAGGAUGAGAGAGCUGUUAUAUUUGAUGAUGACGACGAUGAGGAUGCAUCGGGGGAAUGGAAAACUCUACGCUCUUCGAGCAGCUUUGGCAGUGGGGAGUACCGGAGUAAGGAACGGUCGAGCGAAGAGCACCGCAAGGCCAUGAAAAAUGUCGUAGAUGGGCAUUUCAGGGCUUUGGUAGCUCAGCUUUUGCAGGCUGAGAAUCUCCCUGUGGGCGAAGAAGAUGACAGGGAAAGCUGGUUGGAUAUAAUCACGUCUUUGUCGUGGGAGGCAGCGACUCUCCUUAAGCCAGACAUGAGCAAAGGAGGAGGGAUGGAUCCUGGUGGUUAUGUGAAGGUCAAGUGCAUAGCUUGUGGGCGCCGCAGUGGGAGUAUGGUGGUGAAGGGGGUUGUUUGUAAGAAAAAUGUGGCACACAGACGUAUGACAUCAAAUAUAAACAAUCCCCGUUUUCUAAUACUCGGAGGAGCUCUCGAAUACCAGCGAGUUACGAAUCACUUGUCGAGUUUUGAUACCCUGCUGCAACAGGAAAUGGAUCAUCUGAAGAUGGCAGUUACAAGGAUUGAUGCUCAUCAGCCUGAUGUCCUCUUGGUAGAGAAAUCUGUUUCCCGUCAUGCCCAAGAAUACCUGCUUGAAAAAAACAUCUCACUUGUUCUGAAUAUUAAACGGCCACUCUUGGAGCGUAUAGCCCGCUGCACCGGUGCACAAAUCAUCCCUUCCAUUGAUAGUCUGUCAUCGCCGAAGCUGGGUCACUGCGAAUCAUUCCACGUGGAGAAGUUUCUGGAAGAGCAUGGCAGUGCUGGGCAGAAUGGGAAGAAAUUGGUCAAGACGUUGAUGUUUUUCGAAGGCUGCCCCAAGCCGUUCGGUUGCACUGUUUUGCUCAAGGGAGCUAAUGGUGAUGAGCUGAAGAAAGUGAAACAUGUCAUCCAGUAUGGAGUUUUUGCGGCCUACCACUUGGCUUUGGAGACUUCUUUUCUUGCAGAUGAAGGCGCUUCUCUUCCGGAACUUCCUUUGAAAUCCCCAAUAACUGUCGCGUUGCCAGACAAACCCUCUUGCAUUGACAGGUCCAUUUCCACGAUACCGGGUUUCACGGUUCCUUCUGGUGGCAAGCCACAAUCUGAUAAAGAUACCCAAAGGGCCAACGAUGUCCUUAUGUCGGACCCAUCCUUACCCUUGAACAGCCCGUCCACUACCAAAAUGGAGGAGGCAAUAAUGCCAUAUGCAUCUAAAGGUCCGAGUUCUCAGUUAACAGAAGCUGCAUCGGGAUUUGUGAACCCUUCAUCGGUUUACCACAAGCUACCUUCUGAGAAGGGUCAUUUCUCUUCAUCGUCUCCUUUGGGGCAUUCAGCCUUUAAUUGUUAUGAUGGGUUCUCUUCGUAUUUUGCAUUUGAAGUGCGUAGUAAAUUGAGCUAUGAAGAACCACGUUGUGAGGGAGGAAAUUUUGGGGCUGAAGGUGGGUUAAUCACAGAUGAUUGUGUGGCCCCUAGUAAUGGUUUCCGGGACCAUGAGAUGUCAGAUGGAGGUGGGGUCAUGGCUAUUGUUAUCCAGAAUGAUGAGCGGAAGAAGACCGCAAAUCAACUGGGUUCUUCGGAUUUGAGCUCCUUCCAUCAAGAUAAUAACCAACGUGAUGAUCCAGCAUCAGCCAAGGAAGAGUUCCCCCCAUCUCCUUCUGAUCAUCAGAGUAUUCUUGUUUCUCUAUCCACCCGGUGUGUGUGGAAAGGGACCGUAUGCGAGCGUGCGCAUCUCUUCCGCAUCAAGUACUAUGGCAGCUUCGACAAGCCUUUGGGGAGAUUCUUACGUGACCAUCUCUUUGAUCAGAAUUUCCGUUGUCGUUCGUGUGAGAUGCCAACAGAAGCGCACGUUCAUUGCUAUACUCAUCGGCAGGGCAGCCUCACAAUAUCCGUUAAGAAGCUCCCGGAUAAUGCCUUGCCAGGAGAACACGAUGGCAAGAUCUGGAUGUGGCACAGGUGCCUGCGGUGUCCUCGGGCUAAUGGGUUCCCACCUGCAACCCGAAGAAUUGUGAUGUCUGAUGCUGCUUGGGGCUUGUCUUUUGGUAAAUUUCUGGAGCUCAGCUUCUCAAAUCAUGCUGCUGCAAGCCGGGUGGCUAGCUGUGGUCAUUCUCUACAUAGAGACUGUCUUCGGUUCUAUGGGUUUGGGAAAAUGGUCGCUUGCUUUCGGUAUGCAUCCAUUGAUGUUCACUCCGUUUACCUGCCGCCACCUAAACUCGAUUUCAACUACGAACAUCAGGAUUGGAUACAGAAAGAAGCAGAUGAGCUAGCUGAGAGGGCCGAACUUUUCUUUACCGAAGUAUUCAAUGCUCUGCGCCAAAUCGUGGAGAAAAGAUUUGGCACUGGAUCAGUUGACAGUGGAAUGAAAUUCUUGGAACCAAGAUGCCGCAUUGCAGAAUUGGAGGCAGCGCUGCAAAAGGAGAAGACGGAAUUCGAGGAGUCCCUCCAGAAAGCUGUGAAGAAGGAGCCAAAGAAGGGGCAACCAGUCAUUGAUAUUCUUGAAAUCAAUCGACUGAGGAGGCACUUUCUGUACCGAGCAUAUGUAUGGGACCGUUGCUUGGUCUUUGCGACUGGUGCAGACAACAGUCCUCAUGAUGACCUCAGCAGUUCCAUAGCAAAACAGAAGGAGAAGCCACCUGGCUCUAUUGAGAAGCUUGUCGAGUCGAAUUUGGCUCCAAAGCCAAACAAAACUCUUGCCAACUCCGAGUCUCUUCCCCCAAAUGCCAAAUCGGAUGAAACUCGAAAAGGGAUCUCCAAUCCAAUCAAAAAUCAUGGAGGAAUCAGCGAGCAAGAUCCUAAUUGCAGAAAGGAAAACUCAGGUUCUCUUUCAAUGAGCAUGAAUACCAGCGACCAACCUGAUCCUGUUGAAGCUGGUGCUGUUGUUCGUAGGGUCCUCUCAGAUGGGCAGUUUCCGAUAAUCACAAAUUUGUCAAACAACUUGGAGGCAGCAUGGAUAGGCAAAAAUCACCCCGUAAAUGUAAUGUCACAAGAAAAUGGCUCUGCUGUUCCUGAUGCACACAUGCUCAACUCAUCUACAGUCGAAGCUGUGGCAGCCAUGCCCAAGACAGAAGAUGUAGGGGGAGUAGGGGCGGUCCAGUCUCUUGUGCCCAUGGUACCUUUCAAGGGGGGCGGUCAUUUAGAUGACCUCCCGAGCUGGACUGGAACGCCCCUUCUAGACUUUCACCGUUCUUCUAACAAGAUUCCCACUCCAAAAUUAGAAGUCCUCAGUGAAUAUAAUCCAGUCUAUAUAUCAUCCUUUUGGGAGUUGGACCGCCGUGGUGGGGGGCGGUUCCAGCUGCCUGUGGGUGUCAAUGAGACUGUUGUGCCAGUUUAUGAUGAUGAACCAACCAGCGUUAUUGCAUAUGCUCUUGUUUCAACCGAGUAUCGAAAACGAAUUUUGGAGGAGGAGGAGAGACUGAAAGAUAGCGGAGACUCUUCAAUUUCCUUGCCAUUUUACGACUCGGUGAGUUUCCACCCUCUCCGGUCGUUUGACGAGACUUCAUCCGAAUCUUUCAGAAAUUUUGGGUCAGUGGAAGAGAGCAUUUUAUCCAUGUCUGGGAGCCGGACCUCUCUUGUUCUGGACCCGCUUACAUAUACGAAAAUGAUGCAAGUCAAAGUUCCUGUUGAUGAUGAUGGUCCGCCGGGUAAGGUCAAGUAUGUUGUGACAUGCUACUAUGCUAAGUGUUUUGAAGCUUUAAGGAGGACUUGCUGCCCGUCGGAGCUGGAUUUCAUACGGUCACUUAGUCGUUGUAAAAAAUGGGGGGCACAAGGUGGGAAGAGCAAUGUCUUUUUUGCAAAGACCUUGGAUGAUAGGUUUAUCAUCAAACAGGUAACGAAAACGGAGCUAGACUCCUUUAUCAAGUUUGCUCCACAGUAUUUUAAAUAUCUCUCCGAGUCGAUUGGCAGAGGAGGCCCCACAUGCCUAGCAAAGAUUCUUGGGAUUUAUCAGGUUUCGUCAAAGCACAUGAAAGGAGGGAAGGAUUCGAAGAUGGACGUUCUGGUUAUGGAGAAUCUUUUGUUCAGGCGGAACAUAACGCGGCUUUAUGAUCUCAAGGGAUCUUCGCGGUCACGGUAUAAUCCGGAUUCGAGUGGGAGCAAUAAAGUUCUUCUAGAUCAGAACCUGAUCGAAGCAAUGCCGACUUCUCCAAUUUUUGUUGGGAAUAAGGCGAAGAGGUUGCUGGAGAGAGCUGUCUGGAAUGAUACUUCUUUUCUCGCUUCGAUCGAUGUAAUGGAUUACUCGUUGCUGGUGGGUGUGGACGAGGAGAAGCACGAGCUGGUGCUGGGGAUCAUUGAUUUCAUGAGGCAGUACACAUGGGACAAGCACCUUGAGACAUGGGUGAAAGCGUCCGGCCUCUUGGGCGGGCCCAACACGUCCCCGACCGUGAUCUCACCCAAGCAAUACAAAAAGCGGUUCAGGAAGGCCAUGUCUGCAUAUUUUCUUAUGGUCCCAGAUCAGUGGUCCCCACCUACCAUCAUCCCCAGCCGGUCACAGUCUGACCUCGCUGAAGAAAAUCAGUAGGGCCAAUAUGUAGAAUCAAUGUCAUGAUGCCAUGUUUGUAUAUGUCGAAUGUGUAAGUUAGGAAUCAUCCCCCUUUCUUUUUUCAAUUUUCCUGUUUUAUUAUCUUGGGAUGGCAGCCUCAUUCGUGUUCUUGUCUAGAUUUUGUGAAUUAUUUGUUAAAGAUGCAGAACAAGGCUGUUUUAUGCCAUGAAAUUUCCAUCAGAGGUAUUGUAAUGAGAUGACCUCUCCCUGGAAUGUUUGUACAAUAUUCGUUCAUGUAUUUAUGCCAAUAUAUGGGAGAAAUACGGAGUCUGUUUUGGGCACAACAUUUAUAUGCGUGUUUUAUUAUGUAUCCAUCAUUUUUUAUUUAAUGGAUGUGGCUUUCCAUGAA